CUCCUCUAGUAUCUGGAUGUGGAUGUGGUUUCUUAUCCACCAAUAAUCUUCUUCUUCCUCCAAUUUUCUUCUUUGCAGAGAGACUCCUCCAUAACCAUAACUGCUCCCCAAUGAGCAUCCUUCCCUGCCUGUCUCGUCUCAAGCUCUCUAUCCCCAAUCCUAACCCUAACCCUAAAUUCCCAUUCCUCUCCCAUCCCCAUCCCCACUUCCCCCUCCCCCCCAAACCCCUCAAUUAUCCCCUCCCCUGCGCCACCAUCGACAGCCGCCCCUCCGAAUUAUCACCUCCGCCGGAGUACAGCGAUUUCGACCAGGAAGAGACCUACGGCGAAGUCAGUCGGAUAAUCGGCAGCCGCGCCGUCGACAAUGGCAGCGCCGGAUACACAAUGGAGUACCUGAUCGAGUGGAAAGACGAUCACUCCCCGACGUGGGUCCCCGCCGACUAUGUCGCCAAAGACGUCGUCGCCGAGUACGAGACCCCCUGGUGGACCGCCGUCAAGAAGGCUGACGCUGCCGCACUCAGCCGGAUCAUCCAAUCCGACGACGGCAGAGACGUCGACGCCGUCGACCAGGACAGCCGCACUGCCCUCCUAUUCGUCUCCGGCCUCGGCUCCGAGCCCUGCAUCAAGCUCCUAGCCGACGCCGGCGCCGACCUUGAUCACAGGGACCGCGCCGGCCUGGCAGCCCUCCACAUGGCCGCCGGCUACGUCCACCCCGGCGCAGCAAAGCUGCUGCUGGAGCUGGGGGCCGAUCCGGAGGUCGGCGACGAUCGGGGGAGGACGCCGAUGCAGUUGGCGACCGAGAUUUUAAAUGCGACACCGCAGCUGCAAUUCGCGAGGCGGCUGGCGCUGGAGAGCGUAGUGAGGGUGCUGGAAGGGGCGGUGUACGAAUUCGCGGAGGUGGAGGCGCUGUUGGAGCGGCGGGGGAAGGGGAAGAAUGUCGAGUAUCUCGUGAGGUGGAAGGAUGGCGACGACAACGAGUGGGUGAAGGCGGAGAUGGUGGCGGAGGACCUCGUGAAGGAUUUUGAGGCGGGGCUUGAGUAUGCGGUGGCGGAGAGGGUGGUGGACAGCCGGAGGGGCGACGAGGGGAAGGAGUAUCUGGUGAAGUGGGAGGACAUACCGGAGAUGACGUGGGAGCCGGAGGAGAACGUCGACCCGGAGCUGAUCCGGGUUUUCGAGGAGGGGAAGGAAGAAGGAUCACAUAAUAGGACCAAAACAAGCAAUCAAGAAGUAAAAGAAGCGUAGUAACACAUAAUCAAAGACAUGUUUUUUGCAACUGUUCUUUAGAGACCAUGAAAUGAGUCUAUAGAUCGAUCCUAUUCUUAAGACCUAUGUUCUUGUUCCGGGGAGCAUCGAGAGAUAUGUAUCGACAUUAUCUGUAUCUAUAAGGUGGUUCACACUUCGUCUAGGCAACUUGUUGACACAACUUCUAGGGUGUAAACCUUGUAGAUGUAUGUAUCUAAAGAUCGAGAGAGUCCUAUGAAAGAACAAAGUUCGAUUUCUAAUCCUA